AUUUCCUUUCUGGGAAACCCGACAGGCUUCCUUCUGUGAAAGGUCUUUCUUGCGUCAGGCAGGAGCUUGACGGUUGGUUUUAUCAUUAUGCCAUCUGUUUCCUGGGAAGGAGACCAGAAAGGUCUAGGGGCUGCUGCCUUCCCGCUUCGCUUGGGGACCUACCACUGCCCCAGUGCUCCUUCCAAAAGUCAGGAUCGUUUUUAUCAUGAGGGACAACCUCGAAUUUUCGCAGAGAAUUGGUUGCGACGCGUAUCAAGAGACCGACUGUACUCAGCGUGUUUCGUGUUGGCAAUUCUUUUGUCUGUUCCCUCUUGCCACUUCGUUCCUUUUAAUUUAAAACUUGGAUGAUAGAUUCAUGACAAGGUUACGAGAAUACAAAAAGUCUGGACAUACAAAAGUUAUGUUUUGAAGACCUAUUUAU